GGUAGGACAUAACAGCGAAGUAAGAACGCUUGAAGAAAACUUUGAAAGACCAACAACAUCUUUGAAAACACCAGCAUGAAGACCAUUAUUUCAAUCGCUCUUCUUUUGAUGGCUUUCUGCCUCGUCUCUGAAGCUGUCCAAGUCCAGGAUGGAGAACUUUCCUUCUCCCUUGAAUCUGUAAAGAUCCUUCAGCACCUUUUGGACAGCAGCUCUGCCCCUAAGCAGCCGAAUCCUCGCCUACUCAAGACCAGCUAUGGUGCAGUUUGUGCCAACCCAACUCUCCCUCAAGAGUUUAUCGGGCUCUGUCAUCAAAGAACUUCUUCCCUGGUUCUCUCCAGGCUUGCUGCAGUGCCUUUGGAUGUGUGUGAAAUCUGUGCUUACGCCGCUUGUACUGGUUGUUAGUUAUGGUUUCUGCUUGUAAAAACAUUUUUUUACAUGCACGCAAGUAGCAGACAGUUAUGGAACUGUUACCGGUUGUAAAGGAUAUUCGUCAUGCCUCUUAUAGGCUGUAAUUUUGCUAAACUGGUAUUUUUUUUAAAUUUGUUACAUCAAAUGUUUAUUACAAAUGCAUGUUUAUUUAUCGAUUUUAAUGAAGAGUAGGCUUAUUGUUCUAUUUCAAUUUUUAUGUGUUCUAUGGUUGCAUAUUCAUAUGUUCAUCAGUACCUUAUACUGUACAUGCAGU